ACCAUACUUGGUUUUAGCCAGUCGUUUUCGACAAAUCCAAAAGAAAGUUUUUUUUGUUGACACUUUUUCGCGAGUUGAAAAAGUUAAUUUCACGAGUGAAAAAGUUAAUUUCACGACCAAGCUUUUGAUAUUGAACACACCACGUAAAGAGCACCGAACGAGCGCAGACUUGAGCAGAGCGAGCAUCUUUAUUUUAAUCAGUGUUCGUUUGCUGGUCUUUGGCUAAGCCGAAACUAGGAGAGUUCAUUUGCGAUAACCCGUUUCCUUGCGCUAUUGAAUUAUAACAUCAAAAGAAGGCUGUCGAGCAGUAAUCAUGAAUCAAAUGAAUCCAUCGGAGUGGUUCUGCGAGGUCUCCGAUCAGCUCUGGCCCGGGCAGUGCUUCGCCCUCAAGGUCAAGAAAGUGAUUCACGAAGAACGAUCCCAGUUUCAGGACAUCAAAGUGCUCGACACAUAUUCCCACGGUACUGUUUUGGUGCUAGAUGGAAUUAUUCAAUGUACAGAAAAUGACGAAUUCGCCUACCAGGAGAUGAUAGCGUUCCUACCUCUCUGUUGCCAUCCGAAUCCUAAAAAGGUCUUGAUCGUCGGUGGAGGAGACGGAGGAGUGGCCAGGGAGGUUGUUAAACAUCCUUUGGUCGAAGAAGUUCACCAAGUUGAAAUUGACGAAAGGGUCGUAGAGUUGUCGAAAAAGUAUUUACCAUUUAUGGCCUGUGGGUUUGAUUCGCCCAAAAUGAAACUCACUAUCGGUGAUGGUUUCGAGUAUAUGAAGCAGCGGCAGGGCGAAUUUGAUGUCAUCAUUACAGACAGCAGCGAUCCUAUUGGGCCAGCGGAAUCUCUGUUCCAGGAAUCUUAUUUCGGGCUGGCUAGAAAGGCUCUCAAACCCAAUGGUAUUAUCUGCUCACAGGGUGGUACUUUCUGGAUUGAUAAGAAGCACGUCAAAGAAACCUUAGACCACUGCAGGAAACACUUUCCGGUGGUAGGCUACGGUGUCGCCAACGUACCUUCUUAUCCUUCGGGGCAGAUCGGAUUCUUCAUAGCUUCUUUGAAUGUGGAUACAAAGCUGAAUGUUCCUGCUACUACAUUUACUGAAGAGGAAAUAGACCAGAUGGAAUUGCGAUACUACACGACUGACAUUCACAGAACAGCAUUUACACUGCCCAGGUUCGCUGCUCGGUACCUCAAGUAAGCGCCGAUUAAGUUUUAACCUGAUAUUGUCUAUUGACUGCUAUCAGGUUCAUACUUUAUUGAACUAUUGAACUAACAUUUUAUGGUCAUUUACAUUGUUGAGCGACCGUAUAUAAGUACAAUGUAAUUGUAGCCUUUUUUUUGAAAACUAUCGAAUUUAUUUACAAUAAAUUUAAUACGAAUAAAAUUCACAUCACA